UUUUCUCUAGUGUGGGAAAUGGACUAUUGCGUUCUAGAAACUAAUUGUGCAUAAUACAGCAUAUUCUUUUGCCUCGUGGAGAAAAUACUGCAAUCUUGUGAGGCUAGGGUAUCGUUCACGGACGGCCGUCGAGCCAGUCGGUGAUGGACUCUUCAAUGAAACGGUUAAUCUCAAAUCACGAGAAAUAAUUAGUUGAGCAAUUGUUAGGUUUUCGAGUUUUAUUGAACUUAGUUAAUUGUAUUAUUUUGCGUGUGAAAGCUAAAGUUUAAACCAGAGUCGAACUUAAGAUAUUAACAGACGAAUCUAUGAUUUCCAAAAAGGGUCUUAUCCCUAAAAAUCAUGAAAUGAGUUAGCUACGGUACUGCCAUCAACAUUAAUUUCUGCGUCUAUUGGUGAAGAGCAAAAAUUCCAAAAAAAAAUCUUAUCCAAUAGAAAUGGAUAAGAAAACUUUAGCAGAUGUUCCAAAGCACAGCCUUAUCCAUUCAUUGCAUGUUCCAAAUUAAUGUCUUAUCCACAAUUUUCCAAAACAAGUUUUCUCCCUCAUAAUUACAAUGGCGAUCAUAGGAGGGUGUUCCAAAGAAAGUCUUAUCCUUUGUAUGAGCUCGUGUGCACAAGCUUGCUCUCUAUAAAGUUAUCUGAUUCAUUCCAUGAGAAGGUGUUGUGUUGAAAACGUGUGUUGUCUUGAAAUCACUGAGUGGAAUUUCGAGUUUUUAUUUUCAAAUUAAUGUUAAGAUUCUUUCUAAGAUGAUUCAAGUGAUUAAUUAGACAUGGAAGGACAGGACCAGAACAAGAAAAUAGAGAAAUCUGAUGUUGGAAAGGCGAGGAAACGGCAAUUCAAUGAAGAAAACUGGAAGAAAACGAAAGCUAAAUUAGCAAGAAACCAACCAAAAGGACAACCACGGAUGCCAAGCUGUGGACACACAAAAAGUGCUUCCUACAAAUGCGACCAACUGUCUAGAAGGGACAUUGAACAUUUCCAUAGAAUAAUUUAUGCAAAGCCAGACAAAAUCUACCAAGACUCCAUGAUGUUGAAGUAUUGCAGCGUGUCAGCACCCAAAAGAAGCCGCGUGGAAAAAGUGGGAAGUUCGAGAAAAGGUAUGGCUGUAACUUACUCUGUCAAAAAAGCGACCCAUGCUCCUGGAGUUCCUUCAUCAGUGCCAGUUUGCCAGAAAAGUUUUCUUGGAAUUUUAGGUGUAUCAAAAACAAAACUUCAAAAUCUUUGUAAGAAACACUACAUAAAAGGUGAGGCAAUAGAAGAAUCAAGAGGGGGUGACACUAGAUCCAAAGCUUAUAAAAAAAACAGGAUUCAAUCAGUGAAUUCAUAGAGAGUUUGCAGCCCCUUGAAAAGCAUUAUUGCAGGGGUAGAUCAUCUAGAUGUUAUUUAUCAUCUGAUUUAUCAAUUAAUCGGCUAUGGCGUAUUUACAUUUCCCAAUGUGAUGAAACAUUAAAGGUACCAAGAGACUACUUUAGGAAAUAUUUUAAUAACAACUACAACAUCGGCUUCGGACAACCUGCUACUGAUUUGUGCUCUUAUUGUCUCGAAUUGGACAAUAAACUUAAAGUUGAGAAGAGUGUAGAAAAAAGGACAGAAUUGAUGACAGCUAGUCGUGUCCAUAAAUUGCGUUAUAAACAAUUUUUCAAGGCUUUGAAAUCAGAAGAAGAUGGAGCAGUCACGAUUUCCUAUGAUUGUGAGAAGAAUCUGGUUCUUCCAAAAGUUGAAGAUCAAUCUGCUUAUUAUAGCCGCCAGAGGUACUUCUGGAGAUCCUCUGGAUGAAAAUCAUGUUUCAAUCUAUACAUGGUUGGAAAAUGAGUUUCCAAGGGGCUCAAAUGAAAUAGCUAGUGCUAUCUACCACUCAUUGAAGAAUUUACCAUUUGAAGAAAACACCAAACUAGUUCGACUUUUUUCUGAUGGCUGUGGAGGCCAAAACAAGAACUCCACAGUUAUUGGCAUGGCUUGUAAAUGGCUCUUAUGUGAUGCUCCUACACAAGUUAUAAACAUGGUUUUCUAUU